CUUGGCAACAGGUCUACGCAUGCGUGAGCGGGGCCGCCUGGAAGAGGGGAAAGUGAAACGGCGAGGGCAGGGCGAAGCGGGUCUGGAAGGAAAGCGAGCCCUUUCCCGGAAGGGGCGGGACUAAUGGCGAAGGCGCAAGUUUCGAAAUUACUGCCUGGAGCUUAGUGCCUGGGAGAGCAGCGAGAGGCUCCCCCUCGCCUCUUGGUUUUGUUUGUUUGUUUAAAGUUUGGUUUUAGGGGAUUAGAGAAUUUAGAGGAGGCGAUAGUGAUUAGACUCCAUGCCAGACUGGUAAAUGGCAGAAGUGUUGCUUCCAAAGCCGCGAAGAGGGGGUGUCUGGCUUCAUCUUACCAAGAGAUUUAAAUCCAGAACCUGAUCGUUAUCAUAUCUUCAGCACCUGGGCACAUCCCUAAUAAACACUGGUAGGCAAGUGAAAUAUGAGACUCGAAGUUUAAAUUCAUAUGACAGUAUAGCUGAAAAAAAUUAAAACAGCACGGCUUGAUGAAAUUAUGUGGUAAAUUCCCUAUAGAUACAAUACUGCACACUGAAGCUAUUUACCUGCUUCCAUGAUUCCUUGCUUAAGUAUACUUCAGAUAACACUGGAUAAACCAUCAGGAUGGGAGUGAAUGACCUGUGGCAAAUUUUGGAGCCUGUAAAGCAGCAUAUCCACCUGCAGCAUCUCAGUGGGAAAACCAUUGCUGUCGAUUUGAGUCUCUGGGUGUGCGAGGCUCAGACAGUGAAGAAAAUGAUUGGAACUGUCACGAAGCCCCACCUCAGGAACCUAUUUUUUCGUAUUUCAUAUUUAACUCAAAUGAAUGUAAAACUGGUGUUUGUAAUGGAAGGGGAGCCUCCAAAGCUGAAAGCUGAUGUCAUAAGCAAGAGGACGCAAACCCGCUACGGGCCUUCUGGAAAAUCGAGGUCUCAGAAAACAGGGAGAUCACAUUUUAAGUCAGUCUUACGAGAGUGCCUCGACCUACUGGAGUGCCUGGGCGUGCCCUGGGUCCAGGCUGCUGGGGAGGCUGAGGCCAUGUGCGCUCACCUGAAUGCCAGUGGCCACGUGGACGGCUGCCUUACCAACGACAGCGACACUUUCCUGUAUGGAGCCCAGACUGUCUACAGGAAUUUCACUAUGGACACAAAGGAUCCACAUGUUGACUGUUACACAGCAUCAUCUAUCAAGAAUGAGCUAGGCUUGGAUCGAGACGCUCUAGUUGGACUGGCAGUACUUCUUGGUUGUGAUUACCUUCCAAAGGGAGUGCCUGGAGUUGGAAAAGAACAAGCAUUAAAACUUUUGCAGAUUUUGAAAGGACAAAGUUUGCUUCAGAGGUUUAACCAGUGGAUUGAAGAACCUUGCUACUCUGUUCCACAACCAGCAGCAAAAAAAGUGAAUCACUGCUCUGUGUGUUCCCACCCAGGUUCGCCCAAGGAUCAUGAACGUAAUGGAUGCAUAUUAUGUAAAAGUGAUAGAUACUGUGAGCCACAUGAUUAUGAAUACCUCUGUCCUUGUGAAUGGCACCAGACAAACCAUAAUAGGCAACUAAAUGAAAUAGAAAACAAUAUUAAAAAGAAAGCUUGCAGUUGCGAAGGAUUUCCAUUCCAUGAGGUCAUCCAAGAAUUCCUUUUGAAUAAGAAUAAAAUGUUAAAACCGAUCAGGUACCAAAGACCUGAUUUAUUAUUAUUUCAGAGAUUUACUGUUCAAAAAAUGGAGUGGCCCAGUCACUAUGCAUGUGAAAAAUUGUUGGUGCUUUUGACCCGCUAUGACAUGAUAGAAAGAAAACUUGGCAGAAAGACCUCCAGUCAACUACAGCCAAUUAGAAUUGUUAAACCCAGAAUCAGAAAUGGAGUCCAUUGUCUUGAAAUAGAAUGGGAAAAGCCUGAACAUUAUGUGGUAGAAGAUACAGAACCUGGAGAACUGACUCUCCUUACAAUCGAAGAAGCAUCACUGUUUGAAGCAGCCUAUCCUGAUGUUGUGGCUACCUACCAGAAACAACUGUCAGAGACAAAAGGAAAGAAACAGAAAAGUAUGAAAAAUAAGUCUAAAGGAAGCCAUUCACCAGAAGCAGAUGAUGUCAUCAUCUCUCAGUCACAUUUGACUUUAAAACCCACAUCCAAAGCCUUCCCCAAGCAGAAUCCCAAAAUUCAUUUGGAAAUUUCUCCAGAUUGUAUUUUAGCACAGGAAUCUUCUUCUCCCUCAUUGAGUAGUUGUGUUUCCACUGAAAAUGUUCCCUGUUCGAAUUCCAAAGAACGGUUAAUGCCUUCUCCAAGAAUUUUGGCUGUAAAGCAAACUAAAGAUGUCAGUAAUUUUCUAGUUUCAGAAUGUAGUCAGCCCAGCUCUUCAUCCCAUGAUAUUUCUGUGAUUACUGAUCUACAGUUAAGUACCAUCGACUGGGCAGGUACUUCUUUUAGUAAUUCUCCAGCAGUUCAAAGAAACACUUUCUCUCAAGAUUUACAGUCAGAAUCUGAAUCAUCAGCCAUCCUUCCUGGCUUUGAACAGUUGUCAUAUGAAUCAGAACAAUGUGCCUCAAACAGUGAAGUGUCCGGUAGAGAUCUUCAGAAGAGUAGUCCUGAGGAACAUCUCCUUUCUGGGAUCACGGCUUUACAGCUUCACGAUUUGCCUUUAAAGGAAAGAAUACAUAUGUAAUCUUCAUGCCCUCAGUAUAAUGUAGAAGCAGAUACUGACCUGGAAAGUUUCCCCCUAAAAAUGAAAGGCUCUUGUAUUCCUUACAGUAACUCUGGCAGUUCAUCUCAUUUUUCGAAGGAUCUUAGAGGGGUAUAUCUUCACCAAGAGUCCAGAAACUCUAAAGUUCUAGACAGCCAACUCCAAGAAAAAUGCAGGGCAAAUAUUUCCUUACCUUAUUCUUUCAAUGAUGAGGCAGUAAAGACUUCCAGUCUUCAAAUUGGGCUGCCAACUGCUGCUAUACCUCACAAUCCAAAAGGAGCUGUGAAAACUACUAAGAACCUUGUCAAGAAGAAUAGUGUUUGCCUCGAGAGAGAUUCCUCAGAUGAAGACAGUGCUCCAGUGUCCUGGAAAGCUACUGCUGCAAAAAUGAAACACAUUUCUCACAAGCAUAUCCUAGGCCAUGUCAGAGACAGUACUCACAACAAACUCAGAAAUCCUAAAGUAGAAUCGAAAGAAAACAGACUAUGUACUGAGUCUUCUAAAAUAGCUGAAGAUGAAGAAAACAAGUUCUCAGAUCCAGCAAGAAGUUUUCAGAGUUUUCUACAAUGUCAUAACAAAGACAAGGAUUCUACUGCCUGCUGGGAAAGUCCUCUCCCUUUACAACAGAGGUUAAAACUCAAGUUCCAGAGCACUCAAAAUGGAUUUUAUAAUGCUUAAGUUUAAUGUGGUUGAAUGCUGGUAGCAUUAGUAGAAGCCAAACGAACUCAUGUUUGGUAGAAAAUGUACAUGAUUAUCUGCCAUUUAAAUCAAAAUUAUAAUUUUAAAAUGUUAACAGCCAGGUGUGGCUCAGGCCUAUAAUCACAGCAUGUAUGAGGUCGGUGGAGUCCAGAGGGUCAUCCACCAGGAGUUCAGAGUCAUCCUCUGAUCUAUAGGGAGUGUCGGGCCAAUCUCAUUAUCUAAGAAAAAAAAAUUAGAAAACUUUAACUACAAAAGAUGAGCAUCUGGUGACAGCUUCAAAUAAUGUCUUUUUUAGAACAUUUUAUUAUUCUUGAAAUGUCUUUAUUAUUAUCUAGCUUUAACCUAUCAGUGUAUUCUCUGACAGUAAAUGCUUUAUCAUUUUUAGUUCUUAUGUUAGCAUCUAAAGCAUUUGUUUACAGUCUAGCUAUCCCCAAGAUGGUAACACUUUGUAAUCGUGUUGCAUUGUUUUUUUACGGGCCUUUCCUUUUUUUUUUUAUAACAAAAUAUGCAUCUUUAAAAAUUCAGUACUCCAAAACACUUUUUUUUUUAACAAUGGUUUCCAUUUGAGAAGAGAUUAGAAAUAAGUUGCAAUUACACGCACAAAUUCAGCACUGAGAAUGGUAAGUUAUAGAACCUCCAUGAUGUUUUUCAGGUGUUUCUGUGUGGCUAACCAACUAGAGAACGGUCCAAGAAUGUACACAACCUACAGAGUCCCUAAGAAAGUGGGUAUCAUCUGGGCUCCGCUUUCCCUCUGUGAAAGGCACGGCUUCUGUAGUCUGCAGGUGCAAUUAGCUAUCAAACCAUUUGCUUCUCUUCAUAAGGGGAGCUCCUUGAGAAGGGCUCAGCAAUUUAUGGGCCUUUCCUAAUAGCUGUAUUUCCCCUUCAUGUUAAAGAACCGUUAGCGUGUUCUUCUACUUUUAGUAAUGUAAUGCUUGAGAAGUGAAAAUGGAAGAGAAUGAUGUGUAGUGAAACAUGGUUGUGAGGUCUGGAUAAGGAAAAUCACUCCUUACAUACAUUCAGAAGUUCACGGGCACUUUGAGCAGGAAAUGUUUGUAGAAUCAGAUGUAAAGCCAAAAGGGAAUGGGAAGCUUCCUCAGGGUCACACAGUAAUAAUAGCCAUGGUGUGGAUCCCAUCCUUCUGGUUUGGUUCUUGUGCUUUUAUUUUUCUGUUUUAUUUGUAAUCUAUAGAACUGUUCCCUUUUGCUUUAAAUUUUAGUUUGUAUGUAAUGUUGACUUUUAAUUCCUACAAGUCUUACAUAAAUUGUAAAAAUCCUGAAGGGGUCUAGAGUUUAAAAGAGAUAGUACAACUGUUUGUAAAUGACUGGAGCACGAAAUUAGAAGAUCCUUAGGAAUCCAUCAAAAAUUUAUUAAAAGCUGGUGGCGCUCGCCUGUAAUCCCAGCACUCUGGGAGGCAGAGGCAGGCAGAUUUCUGAGUUCAAGGACAGCCUGGUCUACAGAGUGAGUUCUAGGACAGCCAGAGUUAUACAGAGAAACCCUGUCUCAAAAAAAAAAAAAAAAAAAAAGUAUUAAAAGCAAGCCAGGCAUGGUCACACAUGCUUUUAAUCUCAGCAUUUGGAAGCAAGUGGAUCUCUGAAUUCAAGACUGGCCUGGUAGGCACAGCUAAUUCCAGGACAGCCACUGCUACACAGAAUUCCCCUCUUGAAAAGCAUUCUUUUAGAUGCAAAACAUUCUUUUAGCUCCUGGUGGUGGCCCUGGCCUGUAAUCCCAGCACUCUGGGAGGCAGAGGCAGGCAGAUUUCUGAGUUCGAGGCCAGCCUGUUCUACUGAGUGAGUUCCAGGACAGCCAGAGCUACACAGACCCUGUCUCAGGGGGAAAAAAAGGAGGAGGAGGAGGAAGAGGAAGAAGAAGAAAGAAGAAGAAGAAAAACAUUCUUUUAAACCAAAACUAAAACUAUUAAAAGUGAAGAGUAAGUUAGCAAGGUUGUACAAUUCAAAAUUAGUUUACUAACUACAUAGUUGUAGUUCUGUAUAUUCAGUGUAUGACAAUGAAAUUUCACCAAGUGAAUUAAAGUUACUCUGUUUACAACAUCAAGAAAAUGAACACAAUGAACAUGGCAAAACUUAGUAACCAGUGAAAAACAAUGGAUGAAAUUAAAGUAUAAAUAAGAAGAGUCAUCCCAGAUUCAUGGAUCAGAAGACUACCUUGUUAGUGCUGUUAACUGGUGCAUUUAACUACCAGCACUUGGGAGGCAGAGGCAGGCAAACCGCUUGAGCUUGAGACUAGCCUGGACUACAGAGCAAGUUCCAAAACAACCAAGGCUACACAGAAAAACCCUAUCUAGAAAGCUAACCAAGAAAAAAGUAAACAUCUGUCUCCUAUGUACAGAUAGGACCAUGUAAUCCAAGAAGAUACAUAAUAUUUGUAGGUGCUCUAGGUUUUUAUGAAAUAAAGGCAACAAAAUGGUUAGGAA